AUGGCCGCGGGCGGCGGCGGCGGCGGCACCGCCGCCAUGAGCGAGCCCGCGCCAUGGGCGCCCCGCCUGGCCCCGGAGACGUGGGAGCUGCUGGCGCUGCCCUGCGGCCUGGACGAGCUGGAGCCGCAGGGCCGGCCUUGCAUUUCAGAUGACCUAAGAAUAGGAUAUUACAUCACAGAUCAUGCUACACAAACAGAUAUAACAGAAAUACCAGAACUAAAGGAGCUAACAGUUACCACGAAAUCUUUAAUGGAGCUCAUCCGUGUCCUCCAGCAAGAUUUCUUUACCUUUAAAACACUCGUUCAAGCACAGUAUGAAGAACUAAUUGAAGAGCAGACUUCAAAUCUCUGUAAAUAUAUAAAUGACAGACUGAAAGACAUUGAUUUUUUUCAUAAACGGAAAGAAGUCCAAAUUCGACAGAGCUACCAACAACAAUUGUGUGAUGCACUGGCUGUUCUCAGAGCAAAUAUCGAGAAAUAUUACAGAAUAAAUGAGGAAGACACAGAAUCUCCAUCAGCUGAAUUUGUGAGGGCUUUACGUAACAAGCUGCGUGAGGAACAGUCCAGAAUUGAAGAUCUGGAACGAAAAUUGCAUGAAUGUCAAGAAAAAGGGAAGGAUAAAAUGGUAUGUUUUUAAAAAGAUCAUAAUUAUCCAAAUCCAAAAGAUCUCAUUAUCCAAAUGUGAUCUUGGAACACUUUCAUUGUAUAUUUUUAAUCUCAUUAUGUAUUUAUAAGAAACAUUGGACUCUAAAGAUACUAAAAAGCUAUUUGGAAUUUUCCUUGUAAUUAAUAGUUAAUUACUCUAUUACUCUAUCAAUAUUAUUCUAUUGUCGUCAUACCAAUUUACAUCAAGUGAUAGUCUGG